ACUUUUGGAAGUGUUAUGUAUUACAGGCCAAAUCCAUUCUUUACCCAUUUCAUGACCCUCGCCAUGCCCCCCUCCCCACUUACUGGCCUCUUUGGUAUUAAGGGGUUAAAAGUCAACUUUGCGAGCCACAUAUUGUUAUCAUGAGCAUGUAUUUUCAAAUGAUAAAAAUUGUGUUGUGCUUACGGUUAUUAGGAACAUAUAACUAAAUAUGAAAGUAGUGUAGAUUUUUUGUAGAUAAAAUAAAAGAACGGGAUAAAAAGUUGACCCUCAAAAUGUAUAAUGUUAUCCUGACAAUGAGAUUGUUAUAUAUGGUAAAUGUUUGAACAUUGUUAUGUUAUAUUGUAUUGCAGGGUUUGGGUGCAGACAUUUUUGGCGAGAUCCUGAGUUACAUCUACUCGGGAUGCCUCCAUGUGUCCAUCAACAAAGUGCAGCCCCUGUACCAGACAGCCGACCUCCUCCAACUGGACUAUGUGAGAGACACAUGCGGCAGCUACAUUUACAUGAACGUGGAGCGCUCCACCUGUGUGGACCUGUACAGGUUCGCUGAUGUCUACUCUGCUGACAUUGUCCGGAAAGCUUGUCUACAGGAGAUUGCCAGACACUUUCUUGAGACUACACCACGUACCCAGUAUCCUCCCUCACAUCCGCUUCAACCUGCUGACCUCAGACGACAAGACGGCCAUCUUGGAACACCCUCUGAUCAAGGGGGGUCCUGGGAGUUCUAAGGCAAUCAAGAACGUGGUCAAGAAGAAUUCCAACAUGAAGAGGAGAUCUGGAAUGGAGACAGUGGAAAUGGCUCUGCUUUUCACUGAAAGAGGAGACGAGAUGCUGUGGAUGGACCCGGGGAAAGGGACGUACAUCAGAUGUCAUAACGACAUACAUCCAAUUACAGGAGCAGUUACCAGUGAUAACGACAUCUACAUUCUGGGACUUGAGACUUAUGAUUCACGCAAAAAGUAUGCCCUCUUCAAAUACAACCAUUCGGGGAACAAGUGGGAACAAAAGUCUUCACUACGAUGGUAUGACCCGGACACUGACGACCUAUUUGAGUUCCUUAUUGAUGUCGAUGGACAACUAUUUUACCUCAUUGUGACAUUCUCAAUGAUAGAGUUGAAGAAGUACAACCAGUACACAAACACGUGGCACAACUGUUCCACACCUCAGCUUGACGAGCGGUUUGAGUGGUGUGUGGCAGUGUCCUGCAAUCGGCGCAUUUAUCUCUUCACACACGCUCUAUUCACACAAACAGAAGUAAUGAGUUACAACCCAAGGGCAGACCAGUGGUGCAGGAAACCCAAGUCAGACCACAUUCUUGAUUUCCAGAACGCUGUUGCCAUGGGAACAAAGAUCUUCUGUACAGAUUCAGACUUCGAACAGACAAUAGUGUACGACACCAAGACAAACAAGUGGUUUGGGCUUCCGGGAUGGCUGAAGUCGCCGCUGAGCACAAAUAAGGAAAUCGAAAACAUCACUCUCUUUGCACUCCAAAACAAGCUGCAUGCAGUUGUAGAUCAUUCUAUAAACUCGAGUUCAGAUGGGAUCAUAAGAGUCCAGCAGGUGUUUCUGUAUGACAGGUAUGAAGGUGUUUGGAAGGAGUUGUCUGUCCUGCCCGAAGGACCUUGGUCUACAUAUAAUCCGAUGGUCCCAGUGGCUCGCAUGUGCCUACCGUAUCUGAAUGCCCAAAGCCAUGCCACUUAUUGUCACUUUUUUUCAGCUAAUUUGCGAUACUGCAAAUAUGCCUCCUUUAUAUGA